CCGGUAACCAGGAAGCGCCGUUCUGCGGGGCCUCCGCUGGGGGAACCGCCAUUUUCUCGCGAUGGGCUCCUCCAAGCGGCACCGCGACCGCAGCGAGGCCUCCGAGGACUCCGCGCCGCCCGCGGCCUCAUCCUCUUCUGCCGCCGGCGCCGCCUCCUCCUCGUCCCGCCACCGCGAGCACAAGAAGCACAAGCACCGCGGCGGCGGCGGCAGCGAGCGGCGGAGCAAGCGCAGCCGAAGCCGGGGCGAACGGAGCGGGCGGCGGGGCGGCGGCGGCGGGGAUGAGGCCUCCUCCACCCCCACCGCCACCACCCGGGGCAGCCGCAGCAGCGCCGCCGCCGGGCAGGACGGCGAGACGGGCCGCCGGAGCCAGCGGGAGAAGCGGGACGAUGGGCACGAGGGCGCCCAGGGCGCAGCUGCUAGCUCAAAGUCUUCCUCCGGAGGAGACGCUUCGCUCAGCAUCGAGGAGACAAAUAAACUUCGAGCAAAACUAGGGUUGAAGCCUCUGGAAAUCAACACUGUCAAAAAGGAGACCGGCAGCAAGGAGGACCCGGUGGCUGCGGAGGUCAUCAACCCCAUCACCCUCAGGCAGCGAGAGGACAUCCGGGAGAAGUUAGCAGCCGCCAAGGAGAAGCGGCUUUUAAACCAGAAACUAGGGAAAGUCAAGUCCCUCGGUGAAGAUGACCCCUGGCUGGACGACACGGCUGCCUGGAUUGAGAGAAGCCGGAAGCUGCAGUUGGAGAAAGAGAUGGCGGAGAAGAGGGCCAAGCUCUUGGAGGAGAUGGACCAGGAGUUCGGCAUCAGCAGUCUCGUGGAGGAGGAAUUUGGGCAGCAGAAGAAGGUGGGCUACAGCGCCCCGGAUCUGAAAGGCCUCACCGUGGAGCACACCAUCGACUCCUUCCAGGAAGGAGAGACUGUCGUCCUGACCCUGAAAGACAAAGGCGUCUUGGAGGAGGAGGGUGGCGAUGUGCUGGUGAACGUCAACAUGGUGGACAGGGAGAAGGCCAAGAAGAACGUGGAGCUGCGCAAGAAGAAGCCGGAGUACAAACCUUACGAAGAAGAGGAGAGCGUGGACGACAUGGUGAUUUUGAAGCACAAGGGCGUCCUCUCCAAGUACGACGAAGAGAUCGAAGGGGAGAAGAAGAAGUCCUUCAAGCUGGACGCGGUGGGGAUGGCGGACGGCUCCCGGGAACGGGAGCUGCAGAGCAUCCGGGACAGCCUGCAGACUCGGGCCCAGUCGCUGGACCUGCCCAGCCUCCACCUGGCCUCGGAGUACUACACCCCAGAAGAGAUGACCACUUUCAAGAAGACGAGGCGACGGGUGAAGAAGAUACGCAAGAAGGAGAAGCCGAUGAAGGCCGACGAGUUGCUGCUCCUCGCCAUUGAGAGCAGCGAGCGUGAUUUCGGGUCCAGGACCCGGGGCCGAGGUAAACGGCGGGCGUCUGUGAAAGAGGAAGAGGAGGAGGAAGAAGAAGAGGGAUCCCUGGUCACCAGGAGAAAUGGGGCAGGAGAGCAGCUGAUCCAGUCAGAUGACAUCCGGGUAGAAAAAAUGGAGAUCAGCAGCGAGGAUGAGGAGGCCAGGCCAGGCCCCGACUCUCCGCCUGCCCUGGAGGAAGACGAGGCCGAGAUGGAGCUGCAGAAGCAGCUGGAGAAGGGGCGGAAGCUGAGGCAGAUCCAGCAGUUGAAGGACAGCGGAGAAAAGGUGGUCGAGAUCGUGCGGACCCUGGGGCGCAACCGGAGCCAGGAGGACGAUGCUGAGCUGGAGAAGAAGGGGGCCAUCGUCUUCAACGCCACCUCUGAAUUCUGCCGCACGCUGGGGGAGAUCCCCACCUACGGGCUGGCGGGGAACCGGGAGGAGCAGGAGGAACUCCUGGACUUUGAACGUGACGACGAGAGGUCAGCCACCGGCGGCUCUGACUCAGAUGGCGAGGAGAACAUUGGCUGGAGCACGGUCAACCUGGAUGAGGAGAAGAACCAGCAGGACUUCUUCACCUCAUCCACCACCAUCCUGGAUGAGGAACCCAUCGUCAACCGGGGCCUGGGCGCUGCCCUGAUGCUGUGCCAGAACAAAGGCUUGCUGGAGACCACGGUGCAGAAGGUGGCACGGGUGAAGGCGCCGAACAAGUCGCUGCCCUCGGCCGUUUAUUGCAUUGAGGACAAGAUGGCCAUCGAUGACAAGUACAGCCGGCGGGAGGAAUAUCGGGGAUUCACGCAGGACUUCAAGGAAAAAGAUGGCUACAAACCAGACGUGAAGAUAGAAUACGUGGACGAGACGGGGCGCAAGCUCACCCCCAAGGAGGCCUUCCGCCAGCUGUCUCACCGCUUCCACGGCAAGGGCUCUGGGAAGAUGAAGACCGAACGGCGCAUGAAGAAACUGGACGAGGAGGCGCUCUUGAAGAAGAUGAGCUCCAGUGACACCCCACUGGGCACGGUGGCUUUGCUCCAGGAGAAGCAGAAAGCUCAGAAGACGCCGUACAUCGUGCUCAGCGGUAGCGGGAAGAGCAUGAAUGCAAACACCAUCACCAAGUGAAGCACCGGCUUCCUGUUGCCGGUGGGAACGCUUUGGACGCUGUUGUGCUUGCGGGAUGUGCAAGGAUUGUCUCCAUCUGUUGCUUCCGGUGGGAGUCUCGUCCACCUAACGCUGCACUCACCGCUCUUCUGUGUACAUAGUUGUGGGGCUGAGUUUUUAAGCAGCUUUUUAUAUCCCUGUGUGAAACCAAAUCGCUGUAAUAAAAAUAGCUGAGACCUCA